AUGCCGGGCGACAAAGACGAACUCUCGCGAAACUUCCCCGUCGACGACAUUGUGCAGCAUCCGUUACCCGGUUACGUUUCCCCUUCCGCGAUCGCGUUCAGUCCCGACGACCAGAUGAUCUCGUACCUCUUUAGCGAAGAGGGUACCCUCACGAGGAAGCUAUUCGCGUACGAGUUAAAGACGGGCCAGCAGAAGCUAUUAGUGGCUCCUCCGGGCGGCGGAGUCGAUGAGGAUAAUCUUUCGAUGGAGGAGAAAUUAAGGCGCGAGAGGCAGCGGGAGCGCGGCUUGGGAAUCACGCGCUACGAUUGGUCCAAGAACGUGGCGGUUCCGCGGAUCAUGAUACCUCUGCCGGAUGGCGUGUACGUGCAGGACGGCAUGGGCGCGGAUCUGCGCCUGCGCAUCCCGGGGGGCGCGUCCCCCAUUCUGGACCCGCAGAUCUCCCCCGACGGCUCCGCCAUCGCGUUCGUGCGCGACGACGAGCUCUUCGUCGUCUCCACCACCGCCGGCGCGCCCAGGCAGCUGACCUUUGGCGCAAAAGAGGCGAACAAGGUCCAUGGCUUGGCAGAGUAUAUCGCACAGGAGGAGAUGGAGAGGCGGAGUGGCUUCUGGUGGUCGCAUGACAGCACGCGCAUCGCCUUCACGCAGACAGACGCCUCUGCUGUGCCGCUCUUCCGCAUCCCCCACUGCACUCGCCCGCCCGUUGGGGCGGACUCUGAGGAGGAGCACGCGUACCCUUUUGCAGGCCAGGCAAACGUGAGCGUACGGCUCGGGGUUGUUCCCGUUGCUGGCGGCGAGGUUCGGUGGAUGGACCUGCAUUGCGGUUUGGCAGGAAGCAGCUUCGGUAAAACAAAAAGCAGCAGCAGAAGUGACAGAAGAAAAAGCAGCAGCGCUGGUACUAAUGCUGGUGAUGGCAAUGGCUCUGGCAAUGGUGAUGGUGAAGGGAUGGGAAGCGACGCAAAACAGGAUGCAGGAAACAGAGGGGUGUUGCAGCAAGUAGCAGCAGCAGGUAGCGCACAGGAGGGUGACACAGGGUCUCUAGCUUUGUGCCUUCCUGGAAGGGAUGCUUGGGAACCUACACUGGCAGAGAAGGAAGCGAGUGGGGUUGGUACGGCUGGCAGUGAUGGCAAUGGCACAGCUGUUGCAGCUCCCGCAUCUGCUACAGUUGCAACUGCUGCUACAACCGCUGGCGCCACUGACUCCACAGACGACGACGACGACGACGAGGAGUACCUAGCAAGGGUCUCGUGGCUUCCAGACCGGCGUCUCUCCGCGCAGGUGCAGAACCGCAGGCAGACGCGCCUCAAACUCAUCCGCUUCGACCCCUCCACAGGCCACAGAGACCUCAUUCUCACCGAGUCCAACCCCCUCUGGGUGAACCUGCACGACUGCUUCACCCCCUUGGUGAAAUCCGGGGGGGAGCUGCGCGGGGGGUUCCUGUGGGCGAGUGAGCGCACAGGGUUCCGGCACUUGUACUUGUAUGCAGGGUCGGGGCGGUGCGUGGGGGCGGUGACUGGAGGGGAGUGGAUGGUGGAGCAGGUAGCAGGGUUGGAUGAGGGUGCUGGGCUGGUGUAUUUUACUGGGACUAUGGAUAGUGCGCUGGAGAGUCAUUUGUAUGUGACGAGGUUGUUUGGGGGUGUGGAAGGGGGAGCGUGUGCUGCUGGGUUGGUGUCUGCGCUGGGUUCGGAGAAGCGUGAUGCGUUUUCACGUUAUGAGCAGCUGCAGCAGUCUCAGCAGCAGCAGCAGCAGCAGCAGGUGGUGCCGAUGGUGUUGGAUUCGGUACAACCCACCGCAUCAUCAUCCCCAGCAGCAACAACAGGAACAACAGCAGGAGUAGCUUCACCAGGUCUACCUGCCUCCAACCCAUCACCACCACCAGCAGCAGCAACAGCAGCAGCACCAGCAGCAGCAACACCACUCCUCGCACCCCCCUCCACCUCCCUCGCCCCCACCGCCCUCUCCUCCUCUCUGCCGCCCGCCCGGCCCAUCCGCCUCACCCAGGGUCCCGGGCGGCACCUGGUGGUGCUGGACCACAGCCUGCAGCGCUUUGUUGACCUCGUUGACUCGCUUGACUCGCCGCCCGCCGUGCGCCUCUGCUGCCUGGCGUCGGGGCGGGUGCUCGCAGUGAUCUUCCAGCAGCUCUCGCCCAACCCCCGCGUGCAGCGGCUGCAAUUGCGGCCUCCGGAGUUGGUGGAGGUGACUGCUGCCGAUGGCACGACACUGCACGGAGCUAUCUACCGCCCUGACCCGGCCAUAUUUGGCCCGCCCCCCUACCGCACGGUGGUGAGUGUUUAUGGGGGCCCACACGUGCAGACGGUGUGCGAGUCGUGGUUGUCUACAGUGGACAUGCGAGCCCAGUUCCUGCGCGCUCGAGGCAUGCUGGUGUGGAAGCUGGACAACCGGGGCAGCAGUCACCGCGGGCUCGCGUUCGAGGGGGCCAUUAAAUGCAACAUGGGCGGCAUUGAUGCUGACGACCAAGCGGCCGGCGUCCGUUGGCUUAUCCAGCAGGGCCUCGCCGACCCAAAUCGGAUCGGGAUCUACGGGUGGAGCUACGGAGGGUACCUCUCAGCCAUGUGCUUGGCUCGGUACCCGAGCCUGUUUCGCUGCGCCAUUUCGGGAGCUCCGGUAACCGCGUGGGACGGUUACGACACACACUACACGGAGCGUUACAUGGGUCUGCCUGCAGAGCAGCCGACAGCAUAUGACCGGAGCUCUGUUAUGCGGCAUGUGGGUGGGAUUCGAGGGAAGCUGCUGCUGGUGCAUGGGAUGAUUGAUGAGAAUGUGCACUUCAGGCACACAGUGCGGCUGGUGCAGGCCCUUACUACUGCUGCCAAGCAGUAUGAGCUGCUGCUUUUUCCUGAGGAGAGGCACAUGCCGAGGGGCCUCCGUGAUCGGACAUAUAUGGAGGAGAGGAUUUACGAGUUUUUGAGUAGAAAUUUGUUGUGA